GUAGGUCAGAAUUGACGCAAUAUGUCCUGUGGUGUUUAGCGUCAACAGUGUUUGAACGAACACCUUUUUUGUUUGAAAUUGAACAAACUAUUUUUUAAGAUUCUGAAAGAAUUAAAUACCUACGAUGGCAACCAGUCAGCCUAGGCAGAAUUAUAAUGUGGAAUGUGAAGCUGGAGUUAACAAACAGAUUAAUAUGGAAUUAUAUGCAAGCUAUGUGUACAUGUCUAUGGCAUAUUAUUUUGAUCGAGAUGAUGUAGCCUUGAAAGGUUUCUACAAAUUUUUUAAGAGUUCAAGUGAGGAAGAGCGAGAGCAUGCUGAGAAACUGAUGAAGUAUCAAAAUAUGAGAGGAGGACGUAUUGUGUUGCAAAAUAUCCAGAAACCUAGUGUUGAAGACUGGGGAACUGGAUUGGAUGCUAUGCAGGCUGCUUUGGAUCUGGAAAAAACUGUUAACCAGGCUCUUUUGGACCUCCAUCGCAUAGCUUCUAACCAGAAUGACGUUCAGAUGUGUGACUUCUUGGAGACAGAGUACUUGAAGGAGCAAGUGGAGUCAAUCAAGCAGCUUUCUGACUAUGUGACCAACUUAAAACGUGUAGGUUCUGGAUUGGGAGAGUACAUGUUUGACAAGGAAACACUGAAGGGAGAAGAUGAUUAAGAAGUGUUUAGGAAAGAACCAUGUAUAACUUCACAGUAAUGCACCUGGGCAAAUUUAUUACACCCUAAAAUUAUGAUGUCUAUGUUAGUGUAGUAUAUGUAAACAUUUCACAGUAACUAUAAAAAUAAUACAUGUUAUAAAAUCUCUUCAUAGUACACAUAUUAUAAAUAAUAGAAAAACAAAUCAGUGUUCUUUGUUUUUUUUUAAUAAAAAUAAUAUUCAAAUAUUUUAGUUUGUCAAGUUAAUUUAAUUUCACGAAUUAGUGUAUACUGCACUGGUUUUUGCAAGUUGGAUAUUGGGAAGUCACAGUAUGCAUUUUGAAGUUUCCACUUUUGAUUUAAAAAAAAGGUAUCUUUUGUGUUCAGUACUAUUCUAAAGGGUUUGGUUUAUAAUGACAAUUUUUAUAUGUAAACCUAAAACAAUGAAAUAAAGAUUUUUUUAUUCAAA